UGUGCGUGCGUGGGUCUCCGCUCGGCAGUGCGGAGCGAUGGCGGCGGAAAGGCGGACGGAGUUUUCUGCUGUUAACGCGACCAGAGCAUUUUAAGCUAACCAGCGAUAAGCAGACGCAGCCUGUCAGCCAGGUAGCGUUAUGUGAUGUGAUCCUCCAGCUGGUCAGCGUACGAAGGCCAGUCCCAAGGCAAGAUAAAGAGUUGAAAUGCUACACCAUCUACAGAUGGAGAGGGAUUCAUGUGAUUUUGGUCUUGAAGAAUUAGUGGAUGACCCUCCUCACUCAUCUGAGUUCCCUCUGCCGACCCCUGCCAGCAGCAUCAUCUCAGAACAUGAGUUCUCAUGUCACUGUUGCUAUGACAUCCUGGUGAAUCCCACCACUUUAAACUGUGGCCAUAACUUCUGUCGUCAUUGUCUGGCUCUGUGGUGGGAGUCUUCACACAAGAAUGAGUGCCCUGAGUGCCGGGAGAAGUGGGAGGGCUUCCCUAAAGUCAACAUACUACUAAGGGAUGCAGUGGACAAAUUGUUCAGUGAGGUAGUAUAUCGGAGAAGAGCGGAGAUCCAGGCAAACCCCAAAAUCUCCCGUAGUUUGCUGGCAUUCCAGAGGUAUGGGGACACCAUAGGCAGAUCCAGGACCAAUCAGCACAAAGGAGCAGGCUUCUUCUUUUCUGGAGUCCUCACUGCACUUACAUGUGUGGCUGUGAUGCUGCUCGUGUAUCACUGGAGCAGUGGCGAGGUGGAGCAGCAGGACCUGCUGAUCAGUAAACACGUGUCACGCUGGACCACAGAGGAAGUCAUUUCCUGGCUGGAGCACUUGGGGCCCUGGGCGCAGCUCUACAGAGAGGCCCUCCAGCAGGAGAACGUAAAUGGACGGUUACUGCAGAUGCUGAGUGAUGAAGAGUUGUCCAAGCCUCCGUACAACAUAGAAAACCAGGCUCACCGACGGGCUGUUCUGGCUGAACUAGACAGAGUUAAAGCUUUGGGGGUCAAACCACCCCAGAACCUCUGGGAGUACAAGGCUGUUAAUGCAGGGAAGUCUCUGUUCUUGCUCUAUGCACUGAAGAGCUCCCCUCGUCUCACACUCUUCUACUUGUAUCUGUUUGACUAUUCGGAAACCUUCCUGCCCUUCCUGCACACUUGCUGUCCCGCCAUUACACACACUGACCAAACAGUGGAGGGCAGCUUCGUCCUCGACACACAGUUGGAGCCCAGCUGGCGUCAGUGGGCAGAGUUUCUAGUGAAGUACUUCCUGCUUCCAUACCAGCUGAUUGCAGAAUUUGCUUGGGAUUGGCUAGCGGUGCACUACUGGACGUCCCGCUUCAUCAUUGUCAACGCAAUGCUGCUGUCCGUGCUGGAAGGCUGUGCCCUGUGGAGACUCUGGACAAGAGACAGGAUCAGGACACUGCCAAGCAGGAUGUGGAGCCACUUGUGGAAGAUAGUAUCUCAGGGGUUUGCCUUUGCCCUCCUGUGGCCUUUUGUCCCUCAGUUUGUGUGCAAUUGCCUGUUCUACUGGGCUCUCUAUUUCAACCCCAUUAUUAACAUAGAUCUGGUAGUGCAGCAGCUAAUGCACCCAGAAACACAGGCACUGUAAAGAAAUGCAAUGUCCAGUUUGAGUGGCACAUGCGUUAAAUGCAACAAAUGGCCAGAAAGACAGUUGCUGAAGACAAGUGUUUACUUUCAGCAGUACCCUGAAUGGCGUACCCUCGUGUGAGACUGGUUUACUUGCUGUUGGAAAAGAAGCUGUUCUUCUCGCAUCUUGCUUUCAUGUCAUGUUUUUCUUCUGGAUGGUCAGACUGUGGAACAAGAGAGAGGCACUGCUAUGGUAGAGGAAACAAAACCAAAAAAGCAUUAGAAGCAUUAGAAACAGUCUGUGACUUCCUCCACUAAAAGAGUUCAGCAGUCUGCCGGAGUGAUCCCUGUGCAAAAUGCAUUCACACGCUACAUAGUCUACAUGUUCUGCGGGGUUGUUAUGCAAGAUAAUUGAUGUUGCAGAAAGUCUGGAGUAGCAAAGAUUAGCUAACUAAAGAGGGUGUGUUUCCUGAAAGCUGAUAGCUUUGCACCAUCCGUACAUAUAAGGAUUUCUCACUUGAACUAGAUUGCAAGGUGUAAUGAAACAAAUAUGAAUACAUUCCUUAUCCUUUCACUUCUUUAUCAAGUGUCUUAUGACAUGUAAUCCACAGUGAGUUCUGUUUUACAACUGCUUUACAAGUAACUUUCCAUUACAAGAUGUACAUUCUGAGUGAAGCAGCAUCUUCAUGAAUCAUUUGUACAGAAAUCUUUACUCUGUCUGAAUGCCUAUGCACCAUGUUGGAGGUCUUUAGUGUGGCUCUGGGCUGCGACUUCAGUGGAAUGCGUUCUUUCAGAAAAAUCACUCUGCAAGGUUUGAUAACAUGAUUGUGAAACAUGUCAGAUGACAUGUCAAGGUUCGUAUUUUGUUUUGCAUCCUGCUGUGAAUCCAGGUCUUUGCAGUUGAUUCAAGGGAAAACAAACAGUGCAGUCUCGGAGAACAGUGUGCAGUAUUAAAGUGCAUUGCAGGAAUUCUGUUGUCCUUUCACGAGGCGUGGCACUUAAAUUUGAAAUAAAGCUUGCAUUCUUAAAUCACAAAAAUAAAAAGAUAGAUGCUCAUAUUUAAAAUUUUUAUGAUUUUAAGGAGAACCCACUUGAAGCACAGUUGUGUUUUUUGUUUUUUUUCCCUGCUUAUACUGUUUUGGCAAAUUGCACUUUUUUUUUUUCCUUUUUUUGUUUUUUGUUUCCCCAAAAAGAUUUUGUUUGCAAUGUCCUUUUCCAUUUUAUAGUAGAUGAGUUGAUCAAAGACUUUUUAUAUUUUGCAUUAUUACUUUGCACUUAUAGUUCUACACUGUGAUUCUGUUCUGCGGAUGGGAUCUUUGACGUUGAUAAUGACAAAGAAAAAAAAUAAAGAUUUUUAAAAUUUGUCA